AUGGAGGCUGAGCCCUCUCCUUCAUCGUCCCUAUCCUCAUCGCAGCAGCAGCAGCAGCAGCAGCAGCCGGUCGCAGGCCCGUCAAAGACAAGGACCAGUCGCGCCCCCUCGCGAGCCUCGAGAGCCUCCGUAUCAGCGUCCGCGGCUUCGGCGGAGGCGUCAACGUCUAGUCAUGCCCACAACAACUCAGAGGGCGGCAGCGUGGGCGAGCAUUGCUCUUUCGUCCUUCUCGCAGAAUUUGACAUCGAUCGCGGCUCGACCCUCGCGCACGUCUACCCCAGCCCAGCACUGGUAGAGGGGCACGACGAUCAUGCGCUCGCGGAGCUGAUGUUGCCUGAUGGGGCGCAUGCUCGGUCGGAGGAUUGGACGACAUUCUUUCUGACCGACAAGGGGAAGGGAGCGGCCAAGACAGCGACAGAUCAAGGGGACCGCAAUCAUCCUCCUCUCACGUACGUCCUCAAUCUGGUACGCACUAAGCACGAUGCGAGCGUCAGGAGAGGCGCGCUGGUGAAAGCUAUCGCGAUUGGGUCGCGCCAUCCUUGCCUCAGAGUAUUCAAGCCCAUCCUCCUGCUCGCGCUCGACGAGUAUUUUAACAGCCCCGGUCCAGCAACCCUCACUAAGCUCUACGAGGCAAUCAACUCCCUCGACCUCAGCUCCGCUCCCACCUUCAGCCGCUCUCAGAAGCUUAUCCUGCGCUGUAGCGACCGGAAGGACCUGUUUGCAGAUCGCUUCCCAUUGCCGUCAGCCAGCAUAGCGUCAGAUGGCUCGCGCCCAGCCAUGGGAAGAAAGGCGUCUGUCGUGUCCGUGCGAUCUCAUGCUGCUCAGCAGGGAAGAGCGAGUCCAUUUUCGUGGCGUGAUGGGGGCGGCGGGACGAAGGAUACGCAUCUUUGGGAGACGAGUAUCCCGUAUGGCAAGAUCGACAUUCCGAUACGCUGGCCGCUGGAUGAGUGGGAGGAUGAGAUUGGAGAGUACUCUCUCUCGCUCCUGUUUCAAACCUUCUCCUCCCACCCGCCCGCCGGCCCCCUGCACGCCCACCUGCACAGCAACGGCAGCCAAACCCAUCCGCUCACCCUUCUCUUCAAUGCUCUGCAAACCUACAAGCGCGUCAUCUUCCUCGGGCAUAACCUGCCCGCAGCCACAGUCGCAUCACACGUUCUAGCCGCAUCCGCCCUAGGCAGCGGGUGCGGUGGGGUCAUUCCGGGGUUCAAGGAGCGAGUCCAUCCCUACGCCAACCUGAUCAGUCUUGACACGCUCGAGGAGACAGAGGGCUUUGUGGCUGGGGUAACGAACCCGCGCUUCGAGGAGCUCAGGUGCUGGGAUGUCCUCUGCAACAUCGAAACGGGCAAGAUUACCGUCUCGAAACACAUCGAGCCUGCCCCUCUCCCUGCCUUUAACAGCCAGGGAGCCGGCUCAAGUUCGAUCGGCGCAACCACCGGCGGCGGCAUAGGAAGCGUCAACGGCUCCAUGGGCCUCUCGAACGAUGCGUCGACGCACGGGCACCACUCGAGCUUCUCUAUCGACUCGAGCAUCGACCCGGGCCUGUUCACCGCAGGCGGUGGCGGCAUUUCCUCCGAUGGGCCCUCGUCAAGCAGCAUUGGCGGCGUCUCCCUACGCAAAGGCUCCUUAGCCGGCGGGAAUUCACUGCGAACGUACCGAUCGGGCGGGACGGGUAGCAUCAGUGGGGGCAUCAGUGAGUUUGGGGCGUUUGCGUCUUCCUCAUCGGGCGCUACCACACCGGGCGGCAUACCAGAUGGGCGCAACGACUCGCCAGACAACCUCUUCAUGGAGGACCUCACUGCAGCAGUGAAUGCGCGCUACUCGGAGCAAUACGUGAGGGCAAGGGUGAUGGAGUAUGCGCUGCAUUUCACGCGGCUGGUGACGAGACACGAGGAGCAGUUCUAUCCACCAGCCGCGAUGAGCGGGAGCGUCGAGGGAGGAGCAGGUGGGACGGCAUUGAUGGCCUCCAUGCUCGAGCGUUUCCCUCACCAGCCAUACCUCAACGGUCAGCUGGGAAGCGGGAUCGCCUUUGGGGAUCGGGAAGGCGAGGCGAGGGAGUUGGCUUGCAACGCGGGCAGGGUAGAAGGGUUCCGCUCCUCCCCCGGGUACGCGACUUGGCUUGCCUUUGACGCCAAGAUUGCGAGAGGCGAGACGAAUAUCACCGAGGUGGAUGUGUGGCAUCAGAUUGCGAGAUUGAAAGGCAGAGGGAGGCCGAUGCAUUCCAGUGAGGCGGGAUUGAUCUUCGCGACGCUGUCCAAGAACGUGAGGAGCGAGGGGCAGGUUCUUGAGAUCCUCUCCUACCUCCCUUCCUACAGCGGCGGACUCACACCCCUUGCGCUCGGCCUUUACCACUCCUCGUCCUCGGUGCGCAACGCGGCGUGUGACCUGCUUAGCCGCUUGACGGCGCACACAUCUGUCGGGCUCAAGAUGGUGCAAGCCUUGCCUCUUUACCACCGACUGGCUUUUGCUCGUCUGAGGCAGGAGAGGGCCGAGCAGCUCGAACAGGCCGCUGCGGCGAGGGCAGGGGUGCAACAUCAAGCAGUCAUGACGGGAGCGACGCCGGCCGCAGCGGCACCGGCUGGGAGUGCAGGCUCGAUGCAGCACCUCGCCCGCUCCACGCCCCCACCUUGGUCGGCAAAUUCUGUCAGCAGUGCAAUGAUGGGACGCUCGCCAUCACGAGACAGGGAGGGGGCUAUUUCGCCUAGUGUUGCGAUGAAUGCUGGUCGAGCAGAGGGAAAGAAUGGGACAGGAGCAGCCGCAGUCAAUAGUGGACUGUCAGCUGCAUAUCGCGAGAUGGGUCUAGCUCAGCAGCAGACGUAG